AUGGCCACCACGGCGAUCGACCAAUGCACGCAAUCCAAGGAGCGCGUGAUGAACUUCAUGCAGAUGGAGAACGUCGACCAUUCCAUGCUGCUCCUCGCGUUGGUUCCCCAGAGCAAGCUGCAGAUCUGUCCUCUGUUCGGCUUCAGCAUCGAGGGCAAGACGUAUGGCAUGCGCAUGCAUCCACUGUUCCCGGUCCUGCUGCUGGAUCAGUUUGACGAAGGCAUGGUCGACAAGACUUCCCGCAUGGUCAAGAAGGAGUACCACCCUAUGAUCCGUGAGCUGUUUGCUGAGGCCUGCAAGGAGUCGCCGCUGGUCAACUGCUGGUUCCCCUGCCCGCCCCCGAUCUCGGUGUACGGCGAGGAUAUCCGAUGCCUGUGCGUCAAGUUCUCCACCAACAUCACAGACAAGGACCUCAUUCAAAGACUCAUGCACAUGCUGAUCAAUGUUCUAAGCUCCUUCAAGACACCCCUCCCUCCCGCUAUCUUUGUGAGGACCAUGGAACUGUGUGGCAACGUAACCCUGCACACAAGCCUGCUGAUGAGACAAUCACAGUGCGAGGAGGUGCACAACAUGCUAGUCAACCAUGCUUUCAAACAGAGGGAUGGCGAAACACUGAGCAUAUGCAUGAACCCCUACAUACCUUUCAUCCGCACCGGCGGCAAGACGACAAGGGUCACGGACUAUCUCCUGCAAACGUCAUGCCAGGAGGGAGUGUCACCUGAGUGUCUUCGCAGCUUCGACUACGAGCAAGAGCGAUUCCAAGACGCGGAAUACAUCAUGCAGCUGCCUGUGGAUGCGUCAGCCAUGGCUCCGUACCUGAACUUCCUGCAGUUCUGA